AUUUCUUCAACUGGAUGGGGAGCAGGGACAGUGUCACCGGCGGUCUCGAAACUAGGAGGGAAUGUUGAUCAGGGUGCACCGCUGCGGCCGAUCAGAGGAGCAGGAACCGGAGCCCGGGCUGAGUCCGAAAAAAGCCGGAUCCGGACCGUGGCUCCGGAACGGCUGUAAGUGGAAGAUGGAGGAGCCAGAGGAACCGGCGGACGGUGGGCAGUCGCUGCCCCCGGUUUACAUUUACAGUCCUGAGUAUGUUAGCAUGUGCGACUCCCUGGCCAAAGUCCCCAAACGGGCCAGUAUGGUACAUUCCUUGAUUGAAGCAUAUGCACUGCAUAAGCAAAUGAGGAUAGUUAAGCCCAAAGUGGCCUCCAUGGAGGAGAUGGCCACUUUCCACACCGAUGCCUAUCUGCAGCAUCUCCAGAAGGUCAGCCAAGAAGGAGAUGAUGAUCAUCCAGACUCCAUAGAAUAUGGACUAGGUUAUGACUGCCCAGCCACUGAAGGAAUAUUUGACUAUGCAGCAGCUGUAGGAGGGGCUACAAUCACAGCUGCCCAGUGCCUGAUUGAUGGAAUGUGCAAAGUAGCGAUCAACUGGUCCGGAGGGUGGCAUCAUGCAAAGAAAGAUGAAGCAUCUGGUUUUUGUUAUCUCAAUGAUGCUGUCCUGGGAAUAUUACGAUUACGACGGAAAUUUGACCGUAUUCUCUAUGUGGAUUUGGAUCUGCACCACGGAGAUGGUGUAGAAGAUGCCUUCAGUUUCACCUCCAAAGUCAUGACGGUGUCCCUGCACAAAUUCUCCCCAGGAUUUUUCCCAGGAACAGGUGAUGUGUCUGAUGUCGGCCUAGGGAAGGGACGGUACUACAGUGUAAAUGUGCCCAUUCAGGAUGGCAUACAGGAUGAGAAGUAUUACCACAUCUGCGAAAGUGUACUAAAGGAGGUGUACAUAGCCUUUAAUCCCAAAGCAGUGGUCUUACAGCUGGGAGCUGAUACAAUAGCUGGGGAUCCCAUGUGCUCCUUUAACAUGACUCCAGUGGGAAUUGGCAAGUGUCUUAAGUACAUCCUUCAGUGGCAAUUGGCAACGCUCAUUUUGGGAGGAGGAGGCUAUAACCUUGCCAACACGGCUCGAUGCUGGACAUACUUGACCGGGGUCAUCCUAGGGAAAACACUAUCCUCUGAGAUCCCAGAUCAUGAGUUUUUCACAGCAUAUGGUCCUGAUUAUGUGCUGGAAAUCACGCCAAGCUGCCGGCCAGACCGCAAUGAGCCCCACCGAGUCCAGCAAAUCCUCAACUACAUCAAAGGGAAUCUGAAGCAUGUGGUCUAGUUGACAAAAAGAGAUCAGGUUUCCAGAGCUGAGGAGCAGUGCCUGUAAUGAAGACAGCCUGUUGAUGGGAGCAGUGUGUGGAAUUUGUGACUGCAGGGGAAAUUUGGAAGAAUUUUACUUCCUGAAAAUUUCCAAGGGGCACCAAGUGGCAGCUGGCCUCCUGGGGUGAGGCAGGCAGGCACCCCAGAGGCCUCAACUAGACCUAGGGGAAGACAAAGAUUUCCAAUACUUAAAGUGUUUAUUUUUUAAAAACACACAGAUGCCGUUUUUAAUCUUUGAAAAUUAUUUUUAAGCAAGUUGGGGAGGGGGUAUUUUUAUUUUCUUAAAGGAGACAGAUCAGAAGCUGGAGGAAAGCAUGGAGAUUUGGUUGCCAGGUUGUGGGGCAGCGGGGAGCUGACAGGCAGGGUUUGGGCCUCAGGACCAUCCAGGUGGAGCCUCGGGGGGAGGGGGGCUGGUCAGCAGACUGGGAGGUGGGGAGAAAUCCAC